AUGUCCAGCUUGGAAUUGAAGUUCAGCGUUACCAGCGAAAGUGAUGUCCUAGCGGAGGGUGGUGCUUUAGCUCCGGGCAAGUGCUUAUUGUGCCAGAAAGUUCAGCCCAAAUCCGCAAAAAACAAUGAGGAUCCAGAGAACAAGUUUUUCUGGGUUUGCUGCGAGUGCAGACAAAUUGACAGCACUGAUCUACUACUGGGCAAUGAUCUGAAAUUAGGUAACAUAUACGACAUAUUGGGGGAAACGAGAGGUCCCAGUAAUCGGUACAAGUCUGACAUUGACUCUCAGGCAGCCCAGCUGAUGUGGGUAGAGUUGCGGCACACUGUGAGGUGUAUUUACCGCAAAGCUGGCACAGAGCUAGCAAUUGAUCACAUGCUUGACGUAGAGAAGAUGAAAUCUCUCGUUCACAAGUUCGUAACCUCAGCGAAUGCUGAAACGCUAUGCGAAAGAGGUCCACAGCAGCUUUAUCACCAGCUGGAAACUCAAGGGAGGGAAUACGUGGAGGAAGUUAAGUUUCACCUCCUAGAGCAUCUCCUCUGUCAUCCCUCCUCUAUUGGGAUACCUCAACAUGCUCGCGAAUUCGCCCAGACUCUUCUUGAUGAAUAUGAACAGCUCUUGUGCGCAACCAUUACUCUGCAAUCGUUCCUGGUGGAGUUGGAAGACGAGCACAUGGCAAAGUUUGGCAUUACCUGGAUGUUAGUUAACCAGCAUCUCUUCCACCAAGUCGUCUACUCAGAUCCUAUCAUUCAGAAAAGCUUACCUGGAGUUUGUAUCCAGUUAAAGUACGGAGAACUGCAGCAGGCCAGUAACACUAACUCAAAGUUCGAGAGUUACAGCUCCGUGUAUUACAGACUAAAAGCGUUCGAAGAGGAGAUGGUUCGAAUAGAGCAGCAGUGGAUCAAAGCAAUAGUCUCGCUGGCCAGUUUUGUGAACAACGAGAAGGUGGCCAGUAGCGAGAAGGAUCACGAGGAGUGGGAGUUUCUGAGCAGACAACAUCUCAUCCAUGCUCGGGAGAGGGCCAUCAAAAAGAAUUUAAUCAAGGACGAGGGACAAGCCUCAUUUGAAAACGGGGACGAGAAUCUGCCGUCAUCUUUAAAAGGAAAAUUUAUCUUCGCUUCUCAGAAUUCGACGAAAAGUCAAGAAGAUUCAGACUCGAACAAAGAAGAAAAGAUCGAGAACAUUCCAUCUUCGCUUCUGGGACAUAAGAAACUUUUCAUAAAACACACAAUUCCCGCCCCACCUAUUUAUCCCAAAACACAACUUAAAGCCGCCAGCGAAGUCCUCAAAAGUGUCAAAGUAGACAAGCUCUCGUCAGGGUCUAUAGAGAUAAAAGCUACUCGUGUAGAAGAUGACUCUUCGUGUGUGUGCGACUGUGCAGCUUGUACCACUCUAAUGGACUCACUGGCGGCUAACGAACCUACUGACGAGGAAUCUUCUCCCACAGAGGAAUCAUCGCCGUUAGAGAAGAAUUGGGUUCACAUACUCAACGAUAUCAAGGACGUUGGUUGUGACAGCAGUACGCAGACUAUAGACGACGGAGAGGACCGUCCCUCGUCAGAACGGCGCCUCUCCACCAGCUCCAUGUCAUCCAAGGAUUCAGACAAGCCUAAAUACUGCGCGUGUUGCUACUGCGAACUGGUCGGGCAUCCCAACCCCUCCGCACAAAACUCGCACAAUUAUGAGAUCUUCCGAGAGAAACUGCGGAAAAAGUUAGAGUACAAGAGAAAUCCGGAAAAAGCGCGGCGAGAGCUCUGUGCAGAGCACCAGAACAAUUUCAAUCUAAAAGUGGACGCUCAAUCAAACAAUGUCAGUAAGAAUGAAAAUGAUUGUCAGGGGAGGCCAGCUAAUGCUGUAGAUAGUCGGAGCGUGGAGGAAUUGGUUUCAUUUAUCGAGGGUAAGGAUGGCAAGGAAACGAAACGAAGGAAAAGGAAGAGCAAGCCAAAGGAUCACAGUAAAAAUGAAGAUGCAAGGAAAGAAUCUUCCUCUGGACCAAAAGCGAUGGACAAAGCAGACAAAUUGUCGGAAACAACAAAUAUGGACGCUUCACCAUCGUUAGAAACGAGAAGUGAGCGUCGGAGCCAGAGUAGCGAAUCAAAUCUCUCUUCGAACAACACAGCUCCUCCGAUGAGUGUUGAGACGGAGAUGAAAACCGACGAAAAGGAAGACGAAGAGAAGCCACUAACGUUCUCUUUCCACCUGGAUAAAUACGAUAGUCUGAGCAAGGAACAACGUGCUCUCCUCCUCUGCGGUUACAGAAUAGAUGACCAUCCCAUGUAUCGCAAACAAACCCAGCAGAUUGAGUCCAUGAAGCUGCCGCGUGAAAUGAUGGAUCGUUCUAACCGCAAUAACAUGCCCAACGGCAAGCUGAUGCCGACAUUCCAGUUCUUGAAAACUAUGGAUAAGGAGGCUGAUCUUGCUGCUGAACCUCAGGACAAAACGGAAUCAGAGAAGGCCAGAGAGGCUAUCAUCGUUGAGACCUUGAAGAAAGAGCGGCCCAAACCAGAGCCAUCUUCGAAACCAAAGAUCAAUGUUAAAGAGGCCUAUCACGGGAAGAAUGCUGGAAAACCCAUCACUCUACCAAAGUCUGCCCAAAGAUCAAAACCUGUUAUCAACUCGAACACGCCUUACGGUCCACCUCCCCCUCCGCCAAAAGUUAACAAUGUCGAGUCGAAACCUAUUUCAACCAAACAAAUCGAACAAAUAAAAGUUAUCCCUUCCAAACCAGAUUCACCAAAACUUGCUCCAAUCCAGAAAUCUCCAGUCUCUCAAAAGAAAGUUUUACUGAACCAGAAGCCUGUUGAACUCCCAAAACAGAUCAAGGAGAACCAACUCCCGACGAAGCAGUCUGUCCAGCCGCCGGCAAAGCCAGAACAAGCUCCAAUUGACAACAAAUCAGUUGCUGCUAAAGGGAAGGCGCUGCAGGGAAAGGUCACCAAACAGCCCCUCAAGGAAACUAGAAGUGAUCCAGCCCCGAAAAGGCCCGCUGAGCAGAAGUGUGUCUUCAAGGAAGAGUCGAAGGCCAAGGAAGAUGAUACAUCAGCCAAGAAGAAGAAGUUCAAGAAGAAGAAGAAGAGGAACGAGAGUUUAGAUGACAUUUUCCUGCCAAAGUGCGAAGUUGAUGAGAUGGACUAUUUGGACGAAUCUGAGAGAGAGCUUGAAGCCUUUAAAAGGUUUUGCAUGGACACACAACCCCUGAAGACCCGACAGAAGAUCCAACUCAACUGGAAAAAUAUCAACAUCAACGCCAAGAAGCCCAUCUGAGCUUGUUCGCCUACAAGUACAAUGACUGAACCAACCGUAGAAAUUGUAACAGAUGAAAUUGGUGCCAGACUGUUAAUUAAUGAGCGUUUUAAUUUAAAACUCUGUGCAUUUAAAAUUUAGAUAUUGAUUGUAGUAGAUCUGUCAAUCAGCUCUACUUCGAGUUCUACAUUCUAAAUUUAAUAUAAA